GACGACAACUUCAAGUAUAGACUUUAUGUGUUUGGAUUUUUUCCAGCUCUUACUUUGAUGUUCCGUCUCGUCUUCACUUUAAGAAGUACCCUAAGCAGGUGGCAAGGACUUCCUUCCCGAUGUCGCUCCUUCUAGUCGGAGAAAGCCUCGCUGUUUCUUUACUUCCUCUCUCACUAACUGCUCGUCGCGUCCUCGAACUUCUACAUCCUCUCCUUACCUGUACCCGCGCGCUCCAUAUCCAUCUCCCCUUGGCCUCCUCCAUUGCCUAAAAUUCUUAUUCAAGCGCAUCGAACUUUACGACUUUGAGCUGUCACGGGGGCAUGUCAGCCUUCGGAAUCAGCCCAAUUCUGGAAUCCUCUCCAGCUCCCUUUACAACAGCAUCUCGAGAGCCUAUCAGUGCCGCACCAACAACAGACUAUUUCCUUGCCGCAACAUCCCCUUCCACGUCGGGCAUUGAUGGGGAUGGACAGACAACACCGCAGAUUCGGCGUUCGUCCGAAGCACGUUUCAAACAAUGGCCGACAAUCCAUGAGCAUAUCUACCAAACACGGUCAUCGGCAAAAAUUCCAGGAACAGAGGUGCAUCGUGAGAGCUACACCUUGGGAGAUGCAACGGACAAAACAUCAAGAAACGCAAGAGCCAGCAGUCCCACUGAUAUUCCUAUCCGCAAGACGCCAAGCGUAGAACCAUUUCCCCGACGGGAUACGAGCGGGUCUCGGUUCACCCUUUCGCGACAAAGUACAAGUGCCUCUUCGAUUAGCACUAUGGCGCGGGGCAUUGUAAAAGGCAUCCCUGAUCUCCGCAUGUUUCCCGAUACAGGCGAUGAGAUCAAACCAGCCCUGAAAAAGAAGAGGACGUUCUCCAUUUUCUCUUCGAAGAAAGAAAUACCAGACACUAUGACAUUGAGAAAGGAGAAAGAGACUCCUGACAAGUUGAAGAACGUUAAAAAUGACGCUGAACCGCCCUCCAAAGGCAGCGUCAAAGACCGCCGCAACCUGGACGAGCAUGGCAAGGCUCUUAAAAUGGCUAUGCCAUCAGUAAUGCCAGAUCUCCCACCUCGAUCACGAAGCCCAAUAUCCUCACAGACUUUCGUUGGCGCAGUCUGUCGUCCUCGAAGUCCCAAAACGCCUUUUCCCGUGGAUAUUGAACCAUCCCAUUACCUGGCUCCUGGAAUCACAUCGAUCCCUGAGAGCGUCCGAAUUGUCACUCCCAACGAAGACAUAGUCAGAAACAUGUAUCAUCAAAAGCCUCCUACAGAUUCUCCGUCUUCAACUAGAGGAAACGUCCGACGGCCAGGGCAUUUUCGAACUGCAAGUAACCGCUCAAGCGACCCCUCGGUUGGUAGUCCCGAACCCUCAAGGAAAUACCCGUUAAGAGGGUGGCUUGGCCAAUCACCAAGCGCGAAGGGUCCUGAAACUGGAGGCGCAGAGACGGACAGGUUCGACGAAGCGGCCGGUGCGGAAUCAAAGCAAAGAGAAGACUCUAAGACAUCUCUAGGUUCUGUAUUCAAGUUUCCCCUGUCUCUGGUAUCAGGCAGCAAGGUUGGCUCGCCUCUCAACCAGCCCAAACCAGAGAACCUGACCAAACCGAUCAAACGUGCCUCCAUCAGCAACGCAGUUGCCGCUGGCUAUAAGCAUAGCCCCGUUACUAUUCGCCGCUUGUUCUCGCGCUCAGAUCGCUCAGCACAGGGCCCGAAGACCCCUCCUUCCCUCUCCACGCCGGUUUCAGUAGAUCGCGAGUUCAAUCCAUUCAAGUUCAGUCCACCAGAAGCCGUCCGCAUACCAACGCCGCCGCCCUCGUUCGACACCGUCAAGUUUGACACGGGAGACUUGUUCUACGACACCCAGCGCAGGGCGGCUCCGAAGGAUAUUAGCAAGCAAGGCGGGGUCUGGGACUCCGACACACUGCUCAUGAGCCAGGCUCGCAUUUUUGAUACCAGUGGUAGUGAGGGCGACUCACCAAAUGAAGGGCCGCCUCAGAGCUCGAAUACGCCGCCACUGAAUGCCUCGCAGCCGGCGGAAUGGUUCAGGGUCCAGGCAUUAGAUGAGGGAGAAAACGACACGGGCAACUCCGGGAGGCUAGAAAUGGGGGUGGAGGUGACUAGGGAGGAGUUUGACUGGAUCGUGCCGGAUCAUCUGCCAGGGAGUCCGCUGUGUCCGCUAAGCCCGAAGCAUCAGAGUGGCGGGAUGGGUAUAUGUGUUUAUCACGGACGGAAUAAGACUCAUAAGAGUGAAGCGGAUUGGAGGGUCAGGGACUCCAAAGCGGGAAUACCACGGUUUCAGUGAGGGUGCACGUGGUGGGAUAUGUUCUGUAAUUGGAUUGAUUUGACAUUCUGCUGUACUAAUGGAGGUUAGA